AUGACGUCGACGAUGCUCGAUGUUCCAGAGGAUUUGGUAGAGGAGAUACUCUCUAGGGUUCCUAUGACAUCUCUCAGAUCAGUGCGAUUAAGUUGCAAAAAAUGGAACGCUCUCUCCAAAAAAAGAAUCGUUGGUAAAGCAGCAACGAGUCAGUUUCUAGGGUUUAUGACGAGGGAUUCUAGGGUUUGCUCAUUGAGACUCGAUCUCCAAGGAAUCCGAAACGACGAAGGUGGUGACUUGGGGGGUUAUCCAUCUAUAAAGCAAGUUAGUUUACUUAACCACAUCGAGGUAUCUCAAACCUUUCACUGUGAUGGUUUAUUGUUAUGCAUCCUCAAGGACUACUCGAGGCUCUUGGUAUGGAACCCAUAUCUGGGGGACACCAGCUGGAUCCAACCCAGAAACGAUUUUGACCAAUAUGAUUGGUUUGCUCUUGGGUAUGACAAGAGCCGUAACCACAAAAUCUUGAGGAUAUUUGAUUAUUAUCGAUGCGGCGAGCUUGUUUCUGGGUCCGAGAUCUAUGAGUUUAGCUCUAAAUCGUGGAGGGUUCUUGAUGUCACUCCCGACUGGGAAAUACGGUCUCUCACCGACGAUCGACAUGGCCAGUCUCUGAAUGGGAAUGCUUACUUUUGUGCUGAGGAGAAGAUAAUCAUGCAACGAGGAGUAGCAGAGACUGGAGAAUUUUUGCUCUGUUUUGAUUUUACAUCAGAGAGAUUUGGACCACGUCUGUCUCUUCCGUUUUACUCUUCUGAUGGAGAGGCUCUGUCUAUAUCUUGUGUCAGAGACGAGCAACUUGCUGUGUUACAUGAACGUUGGGAUAUAAUGGAGAUUUGGGUUACGAAUAAGAUUCAUCACGGUCAAGUGUCGUGGAGCAACUUCUUGGAAGUGGACAUGACGAAUGUGUUCACUGGGCGUUUUCUGCUACACCCUUGUCUUCGGAGCUUUUUCAUUGAUGAGGAGGAGAGAGUCGCUGUUGUUUUCGAUCUUGUCGGAGACAUAUCGACCGGGAAUUUUUGCUACCAAACAGCUCACAUCAUUGGACAAGAUGGAUACAUUAAACCUGUGAAUACUGAACGAGUUCAGAUACAUCCUGUGCUCCCACUUGAGUGCUCCUCUUAUGUUCCAAGUUUAGUGAAGAUUGAUUGA